CCUGGCAACCUGGCCUCCCUUUGUCCCCCAUGCAGCCAUUUCAUAUCUGACAUAUCCACAGUCCACCACACCACACCACACCACAGGCCUGCCUUCAUACUGGUACGUGCCAUGGCACAGAGGCGCCAGGGUGGUGGGCUGAGAAAUGGGGAAUAAGCAGACAAUCUUCACGGCGCAGCAGCUUGAUGCGUAUCAGGACUGCACAUUCUUCACAAGGAAGGAAAUUCUAAGACUAUUCGACCGUUAUCGAGACUUGGCACCACAGCUCGUUCCUCUCGACUACACAGACCAGCCAGAUGUGAGGCUACCAUACGAGCUCAUUGGCAGCAUGCCAGAACUGAAGGACAACCCGUUCCGCCAGAGGAUCGCUGAGGUUUUCUCGGAGGACGGAGAGGGAAACAUGACCCUGGAUGACUUCCUGGAUAUGUUCUCCGUGCUGAGUGAGAUGGCUCCACGAGAUCUGAAGGCCUACUAUGCAUUUAAAAUCUACGGUUAG